AAAGUAAAUGGAUAAAUAAAUGGAAAAAUUAUAAAAAUCUUCCAAAAAAUCAAGGCAAUAAAGAAAAAUUUUAUGUUUUGGCCAUGUUUCCAUAUCCAAGCGGAAUGCUACAUAUGGGCCAUGUGAGAGUGUAUACUAUUAGUGAUACUUUAGCGAGGUUUAGAAAAAUGCUUGGAUACGAUGUUAUUCAUCCAAUGGGAUGGGAUGCUUUCGGUCUUCCUGCUGAAAAUGCCGCUAUGGAGCGGAACGUUCAUCCUGCUGAUUGGACCAUAUCAAAUAUAUCUUCUAUGAAAAAACAAAUGGAGAGAAUCUUAACAGAUUUUGAUUGGGACAGGGAAGUUACCACUUGCAAUCCAGAUUAUUACAAAUGGACACAAUAUCUUUUUCUCCAAAUGUAUAAAGCGCGUCUUGCUUACCAAAAAGAGGCAAUUGUCAAUUGGGAUCCUGUUGACCAAACAGUUCUGGCCAAUGAACAGGUGGGUUCUGACGGGAGAUCCUGGAGGUCAGGUGCUAAAGUUGAACGACGUAAAUUAAAGCAAUGGUUCUUCAAAAUAACAGAUUUUGCCGAACCAUUGCUGAAUGACCUUGAUUUGUUAGAUAAAUGGCCAGAUCAUGUAAAGCAAAUGCAAAGAAAUUGGAUAGGAAAAUCUAAGGGAGCUGAAUUUGAUUUUAUAGUGGAAUCAAAACGAUCCGAAUUCAUAGUUAAGGUAUUUACGAGUAGACCUGAUACUAUUUUUGGAGUGCAAUAUCUAGCUAUCGCUAUAGAUCAUCCCCUUUUGUCAGAAGAAUGGCUUCCACAAAAUACUUGUUCUCAAGUUUUGCAAUUUGUGGAAAAAAUUAGACAACAAGAAUUAUUUGAUUUGAAUGAUGUAAAUACUGGACAAGGAAUGCAUACUGGUGUUUUCGCAAAGCACCCAAUUACAGGUUUAUCCAUCCCCAUUUAUGUAGCAUCCUACGUGGUUCCCGAUUAUGGGACAGGUGCGGUGAUGGGCGUUCCUGCACAUGAUGAACGCGACUGGGAAUUUGUAAGAAUAAAUCGUAUAAUUUCCGAGGACAAUAUUAAAAAAGUCAUUAUGCCUGUAAUUCAAGAUAAUUCAAAAGCAACAGGGAUGCAGCAUAGCAAUAAAGUUUUUACUUCGCGUGGAAUAUUGACAGCGAAAUGUGGUCAAUAUGCUGGCCUUUCAAGUGAUGAUGCAGAGAAAGCAAUUGUAAAUGAUGCACAAAAAGCAGGAUAUGGACGCUGGUCAGUUCAGGUUGUUCCUGUUUCCGAGUCUGAGCUACCAAUACUUCUACCCACUGAUGUCACCUUUUCCGGUCGUGGGGGUUCUCCCUUAAAACAAGUGCAAGAAUGGUUAAAUUGUAAAUGUCCAAAGUGUCAAGGUUCUGCUAUGAGAGACACUGAUACAAUGGAUACUUUUGUUGAUUCAUCGUGGUAUUUUAUGCGAUAUAUGGAUUCAAAAAAUUCAAACCAGCCGUUUUGCCCUAAGAAAGCAUCUAAUUUACUUCCAGUUGAUGUCUAUAUUGGUGGCAUAGAACAUGCAAAUUUGCAUUUGUUGUAUUCUCGGUUCUUUACCAAAUUUAUGUUCAAGCAAGGUAUGUUUGCUUUGAAAGGAGAUAUUACCGAACCAGGUCAAGAUGAACCAUUUAAACAGCUGGGGAUGGUUCAUGGAAAAACAUUCAAAGAUCCAAUAUCAGGAAGAUUUUUAAAGCCAGAUGAAGUUGAUUUAUCAAAUCCAAGUAAGCCUAUACAGAUCUCAACAGGGAUGACUUCAAUAGUAUCAUUUGAAAAAAUGUCUAAAAGCAAGUAUAAUGGUGUAGAUCCAGAAACAACUAUAAAUAAUUAUGGUGCAGAUGCGACAAGAUUGCAUAUACUUUUCAAAGCACCUGUAUCUGAAGUUCUCGAAUGGGAAGAUGCAAGUAUAGUUGGCAUGCAGAGGUGGAUUGCUCGUGUUUGGAGAUUGGUUGAAAGUAUUGUUAAAAAGGAUCUGUCAACAAAUAAUCUGAGUUUAAAUUUUAACAUGAAUUUACUAAGUAAGGAAGAUAGGGAAACAUAUAGGAUCAUAAACAUCACGAUAAAAGAGGUGACAGAGGACUAUAAAAAUUCAACAUUCAAUACAGCAGUAUCAGCACUAAUUAAACUGACAAACCAUCUAACAAGUAUUUCCCCGUAUCAAAAUGAAAAUGCAUCAAAAAAGUCUACAAUUGUAUCACAAACAUAUGAAUAUGGUGUAAAGACAUUGGUAAAAAUGAUGGCACCAAUGGCACCCAGUAUAGGAGAAGAAUUUUGGGAAAUAUUGAAUCAAGGAAAACAACAUAUAACAUCUGUAUUUGAAGAGCUAUGGCCUAAAGUUGACAUAGAAUGCUUAAGCGCCGCCAGUGAAGUUACUUGCGUUGUUCAAAUUAACGGGAAAAUGAGAUUUUCAAUUAUGACUCCAUCAGCAGUUUUGCAAGAUAAUCUCAGCACCGAGAAAUUGAUUCUCGAGUCUGAGAAUGGAAAGAAAUGGUUGGGGAAAGUAAAUGCCGAUAAAAAGAUUAAAAAAAUAAUUCAUGCUAAUGAAGGAAAAAUUGUAAACUUUGUUUUCGAUAAAUAA